AUGUCGACGUUUCAGUAUGAUAUAAAGACAGAGAAGGAGCAGCCAGGGUUCCAAUUUGGAUCUUCUUACUGUCCGAGAGUUUCCUACCAUUUUAAUCCCAAGGUUUCCAACUAUCACUAUGGUACAAAACACCCUAUGAAGCCAUUCAGAUUAAUGCUGACGGAUCAUUUGGUAUCGUCAUAUGGAUUGCACAAAAUCAUGGAUCUUUAUGAAACCCGUGUUGCCACCUGGGAAGAGAUGACAGCGUUCCAUAGUGAAGAAUACGUGGAUUUCAUGAAGAGAGUCACACCAGAGAAUUUGAAUAAAUUACCAAGAGGUACGCUAGAGAAGUUUAACAUUGGAGAUGACUGUCCGAUUUUCCCCAAUCUCUACGAUUACAGCUCCUUAUAUGCAGGUGCAUCUCUUGAUGCUUCUAGGAAACUUAUUAAUGACCAAUCCGAUAUUGCCAUUAAUUGGUCCGGUGGAUUACAUCAUGCAAAGAAGAGUAAUCCUUCCGGAUUUUGUUACGUGAAUGACAUUGUACUAGCAACUUUAAAUUUACUGCGAUAUCAUCCAAGAGUUUUAUACAUUGAUAUUGAUCUACACCAUGGUGACGGUGUACAAGAGGCCUUCUAUACCACUGAUAGGGUUUACACAGUAUCUUUCCACAAGUACAAUGGCGAAUUUUUCCCGGGUACCGGUAAUCAUGAUGAAGUUGGAUGUGCAAGAGGUAAGCAUUUUGCCCUAAACGUACCAUUGCAAGAUGGUAUUGAUGAUGAUUCCUACAUUAAUCUUUUCAAAUCGAUUAUCGACCCCUUAAUCACUUCUUAUAAGCCGACUGUUAUUGUUCAACAAUGUGGUGCAGAUUCUUUGGGUCAUGAUAGGCUAGGUUGUUUCAAUUUAAACGUCAAAGCUCAUGGUGAAUGUGUUAAUUUUGUUAGAUCAUUUGGAUUACCAAUGUUAGUGGUGGGGGGUGGUGGAUAUACACCAAGGAAUGUUUCUAGAUUAUGGACUUAUGAAACGGGAAUUUUAAACAAUGUACUUUUGCCAAAGGAUUUACCUGAAGGAAUUCCAUUCCGCGAUAGAUUCGGUCCUGAUUAUUCGUUGUACCCAGUACUAGAUGAAUUGUACGAAAAUAAAAACGGUAAAAAAUAUUUAGAAGAUAUCAGAAUACGAUCUUUGGAAAGUAUAAGGUAUAUGAAGGGUGCUCCAAGUGUAUGGAUGGAUGCAGAGAUAAUACCUACUCAAGAUAUUAGUGGAUUGACGGAAGAAGAAGAAGAGGCUAUAAGAGAAUUAAAUGAGGAAAACGAUACUUUGAGGUUGGAACAAAUUGAAAAGGAUAAUGCCAAGUUAGGCGAGAUGAUGUAA